CUGCCACACAGGCAUCCUCCUCCUCCUCUGUUGACCCGAGCCUUUUUGUCUCCUUCCGAGUCUCCGUCUCUUUCUCUUCCGGUUGUCGUCCAUUCGUGUGGCAGAUUACCAGUGUCGAAAUGGCUAAGUCAAAGAACCACACUACCCACAACCAGUCUCGUAAGGCCCACAGGAAUGGCAUCAAGAAGCCCAGGUUUCACCGCUAUGAGUCUUUGAAGGGGGUGGACCCCAAGUUCCUGAGGAACAUGCGCUUUGCCAAGAAGCACAACAAGAAGGGCUUGAAGGCAGCAAGGAAGGCAGCGGCGGCAGCAGCUGUUGCACCUGCUGCACCUAAAUAGACUUCCCAUCACCUCCUUGUCUGUCAUGGUUUCAUAGACUGUUGCCACCAUCACAAUAAAGCUAUGCUUUGUUAACAAACCA